ACCAUGUUAAUAGAAAAUCAAUACAGAUGCCCCUCAAACUUUCCCACACAGGUCCAUUUACUGUUGAAAGCGAGUAAAGAAGAGACAUCAAACUAUCCAGAAUACAUUUCAGAACGAAAAGAAACAGAAAGAAAGGAAAAUGACUUUGAAGAUCAUCUGACAUUACAACAUUUUGAAGGGGAGAUUUAGGUGUAUAAAACUGAUUGGGGAUCGGCAACUGGUUGCUCAACAUGAUAUCUAUUCUCUGGCUUCUACUAAGCUCAGCCCCUCUAGCUGAACAGGUAGCAGAUAAACCCAAGAGGUCUGCUCUGAACCAGCUCACCAGGACCCUCCUGCGUAAAUACGACUGUGGAGUGAGACCUGUUCAGAACUGGACCAGACCCACGCUAAUCCACAUAGACCUCAUACUGCAGUCGGUCCUUGAUGUGGAUGGAAAGACCCAGCAAGUAACCACAAGCAUUUGGUACCGACAGAUCUGGACCGAUGAGUUCCUGGUGUGGGACCCCGAGGAGUUUGACGGGAUCACUGAGAUCUCCCUGUCCUCUGAUGCUAUAUGGGUGCCCGAUCUCAUCAUCAGUGAAUUUGUGGAUGUAGGGGAGUCCCCUGCCAUCCCCUAUGUGUAUGUCAACUCGUCCGGGAUGGUGAAGAACAACAAACCCAUCCAGGUGGUGUCUGCAUGUGACCUGGAGCUGUACGCCUUCCCUUUCGAUAAGCAGAACUGUACUCUGACCUUCCGCAGCUGGCUUCACUCAGUGAAUGAGGUGAACCUGACACUGUGGAGGAGUGCGGAGGAGAUCGCAAAUGAUCAGAAGUCAUUUAUGGACGAUGGCGAGUGGGAACUGUUGUCUGUGCCCUCCCGCUACUGGCAUCUCCGCCUGGACGACAGAGACUACGCCCACAUCCAGUUCAACGUGUUGAUCCGCCGGCGCCCCCUGCUGUACGUGGUGAGUCUGCUCAUCCCCAGCAUCUUCCUCAUGGUGGUGGACGUCAUCAGCUUCUAUCUGCCGCCCAACAGUGGCACCCGUAUCACCUUUAAGACCAGCAUCCUCCUGGGCUACACUGUCUUCAGGGUCAACCUGAUGAACGAGAUGCCUGCCACCGCCAUCAGAACACCACUCAUAGGUGUGUUCUUUGUGGUCUGCAUGGCGCUGCUUGUGCUGAAUUUAUCCAUCUCCAUCUUUGUGGUGAAGCUCCUCCACCACAACGAGAAGGAGGUCAAGGAGAUGUCAGUGUCCGCCUGCCUCCUCGACAAGUACGGCUCGUCCAGCCAGACCUUCCUCGAGAGCAACUUCACCUCUGUCAAAACGCUGGUCGACGUGGAUCAGUGUGGGGGCUAUGAGUUUGACCUGGCUCCAGAGGAGGACCUACUGUCCCUGAGCGAGCUCCAGGAGAGUGCUCCACGGCUGGAGAGGCUGCUCCAGGAGGUGGUGGCCCUGCGGCUCUACCUGCAAGAAGGGGAGAGUGACGAUUUGGCCCAGGCCGACUGGGUGGCCCUCUGCUGCAAGGUGGACAUCCUUCUUUUCCGAGUCUACCUGUUCAUCCUGGUCGUCUACGCCAGCACUCUGCUGCUACUGUGGGCCAGCUGGAGCUCUGCAUGAGGAGAGGAGGAAUUGUUGUUCAAAUGUUAUCGGCAUGAGGAGAAAAAAAAUGUAUUUUUCUUCAAUAAAAUGUUUAGUCUUUUUAGGGUUAUUGAUGAGGGCGAAUUAAUCCCUUUCUCCCCCUUUCUUUUGAUACUGUAGCUAAAAGCUAUUGAGUGAACACUGUAUUCCCAUUUACAAUUGGAAGAUGGUGCCCAUAAAUCAAUAUGGGCUGAUGUAUUAACAUAUUCCUUCAACUGAAGAUCUUCAUAAAAAGAUAUCUUACUCCUAUUCUCCUGGCACAUUCCGCAACGUCAAUGUGAUGUUAUUCCACAUUAACUUGAAUCACCAUGCUCCCCUGAAACUCGUACCAAAUCAAUAAAGCACAUUCAAAGCUUAGGCAACUGCAUUCCCUGUUGGUUCACUGAUAGUCAUAAAGACACAUGAGCUACUCAUAAAACCCUUGGCUGGGAACAAUCUUUGUAAAUAGAAUUUUCACUUGAACAGCAGACAUUUUUCUUUGAGCAGAUCACAUUACAACCGGUUGUAUGGACACCUCUGAGUUGAGGAGAGAAAUUAAUAAUGGUUAUUGUUUGCUGUAAUGUUAUGUUGUACAUUCAUACUUGUGAUGUAACUUCUUAUUCCCCAUCAUAUCAAGCAAGUCCUGUUGCAAGUUUUUUAUUUAAAUCAACUGUGGCUCUUGGUUUGAUUGUUUAUCCUGGUGUUAUACAGGGAUAUAGAUGUUUUGGAAUCAUAUCAAA